AAAAGAACCGAAGACCCCACGAGGAGAUGGCCACAUUGCGCCCUACAUUGCAGGAGACGGCGCGGCUCCCGUGGGUCAACGCCGCCUUCUUCGGGCUGCAAUCGCUGCUGACGUGUAUCGGCUUGGCGGUGGGCGACGCGGGUGACGUGCGCUCACAGAUCGACACGUUGCUGACGCCCGCAGCCUACGCUUUCUCCAUCUGGAACGUCAUCUACCUGCUCUGCAUGAUUCUACUCAUUACUGACAUCUCGUACGCUGGACUGUCGCUAUACGACUCGGCCGCAAAGCCUAAUGCGCUGCGGCUGUGCUUCGCCGCUUCCUGUGUGGUCAACGGCACGUGGUGUAUCGUUCUGGCCAGCGGACACGUCGUGGGUGCCAGUGUGUUGGUAUCGCUGCUGUGGUUGACUUUGCUGCCACUUUACGUAUUCGCCAGCUACGAGCGUAACGUCAAGACCGUGUUGUGGCAUGAAUAUUUGUGCAGUGAGCUGUGCAUUCGACUUUACUUCGCCUGGAUCACGGUGGAAGCCGUGGUGAGCUGGACUAUGACGAUGCAGAUCAACAACAGCGACUCCCUGCCGCUAUCAACAUAUCUUACAAUACUAGCUGUGCUUCUUGUGAUGGCGCUGUCGGGCCUUUCACUCGGUCGAGAUCCUAUUAUGGCUUUAGUGGUGACGUGGGCGCUCGUUGGCGUCACCUCGAAGGACGAUUCACAGCUCAACAGUCAAGUUUCCCAGGAUUUUGAGAAAAUUCAAGCGACUGCAACACUUGGAGCUGGAGUCUUGGUCGCCAUGGUUUUGGUGUCGUGUAGCUACUGGGUCAUUGAGUUUAACUGCAAGUCGAAGCCGCUGUCGCCUCGCCCAAGACGGCUCUCUAGACUCUCCCAAGCCUCGACUAAAGACAUUGAUUACGGCUCGAUCAGAUUCGUGGCAGCAGCUUGA